AUGAUUUCACGUUUUGGUCGGAAUAGUAUUGCUUUACCAAACAGAGCUGAUAAUCCAGUCAUGCCAGUUAGGUGGCGUUCAAAUGCGUUAUCGCUGACAAAAGUUAGAAGAUCUUGCUAUCCAAGGAUGUAUCCAACGAUGCUGGUAUUUCCUGAUGGUAGUACAAUCAACGUUCGGUACAAAGAACCUCGCAGAAUAAUUAAGCUGCCAGUAGACUUUUCCAAACUUACAGAAGAAGAGAAGAAGAGAGUUCUGACAAACAGAAAGCCCAAGCAGAAAUUAGAAAAGAUUGAAGAGUUUGAUGAGAGCUACGACCUUAGUGAAUACAGCAAAUUCUUCAAAAGUUGA